GGCGCUCGCUUGCGUGGGUUGGUGGGGGAUGGGCACCGUACCGUAUGAUGCGGUGGAUAUACGCCUUGCAUUAUACGAUAUCGCUAGCCAGCCAGCCAGUGACUACGAGUACGGUAGUGGUCAUGAUGGUUUGUGGAGUGGUGAUGGUGCUUUUCUUAUCCAACCCGGGCUAUCGAGAAAUAGGUUACCAUGGUGGUGGUGGUGGUGAUGGUGGUGGUGGUUGUGAUAUAUUUGGCUCAGGAUCGUCAUUUCCCCACUCCCCAGUUUCUUUUCACCUUCUUCCCUUCAAUCUGCUAAUCUUAUCCGAUCUUGAAACACCAAAGAACGGGGUAUGCAUACGCCCUGUUCUCGAUCCGAAGCUAUCGUAUGCUAUCGUGUCGUAUCCCAGGGAACUGUACCAUAUCGGUGAUAUCAUCAUCAUCGCACUCUGCCGCCACGACGACAACGAUGGUAUUUUUGCAAACCCUCCCCCUCCCCCCACUACCGAGAAUAACAUGAUCGCUAGGGCUCGGGACCCCGGAAAUUGGUGACCCACCGAGAUCCCAAGCGCAUAUAUAUGUCGUGAAGUGGAAUAUUUUUAUGCCGGCGCUUAUCGCAGUAUUGUACGGUGCGGAACAGUACUUUAAGUAUCAUCAUAUCCAGCCUCACCCAUUCCCUCGUUCUCGCUCCGCCUCGUACUCUUGACGCUAUCGAUAGGCACUAAAAGCCCUUGGCCACAUUGUGCACUUCUUGGGACGAACCCAUCCCAUCCAUCCUCGCGAAUUCUCCGUGGAGCGCCAUACGGCAUGGCACGAUACGAUGCUGUCUCGACGCGCGGGGCGUUGCCGUCGUCGUUACACGGAGCACAGGACGGUACGAUGCUUCACAACCUAAAUAGCACAGCGAGACCCGCGACGAGAGUGUGAAGGGAAGGAAGGAACGGCCGGACGAAGGAAUAGAAGUACCGUAAUUGAAGAGAGAUAGGAAGGUAGGUGGGUAGGUGUGUGUGUGUGUGUGUAGCGCGUACCGUACUGUACUAGUACCGUACAGUACUAUGCAUGCAUGUAUGUGAGUGAUACUAUAUAUGCACCCAUGUCAUUAUUCACAAUAGCCCCGAAUUAAUUUUGUUUCUUUCU